AUGGAAUAUUGGAUGAAACAAUCAAUCUUUGAUAAUGAAAAUGGCAUUUGUAAAAUACCAGUAAAACAUAUUCCUCCAACAGUACAUGUAAAGUCAGAUGGUUCUUAUGAAUAUAUUUAUUCAAGAGAACAAAGAAGAUUAGAUGACAGGAGAGAUAGAAGAGAUGACUAUCAUUAUUAA